CUCACGCUGUGCCGCUCAGCUCAUCGCGCAUUGCACAGAAACGCUCAAUCCGAAGUUGUUGGCUCUCGCGCUUCCUACAACAACCCGAAGACAACUCGGCAUUCAGCGAUAACAUCAGCUACGAUGAUUUCAAUGCGCCUGACGCGCGCGCAAGCGGCCGUGCCCUCGCGGCCCUCGCGCAAUCCCAUGAUUGCGAUGUCGCGUCGUCCUGCUCCUCGCAGCGUGCAGCGCGCAGCUCAUUCCGGUUCGAACUUUGCGCUGGAGACCAUGAGUGAGGACGGCCAGGGCUGGGUGUGGGACGAGCUGAGUGAGAAGCUGGUGGGGCUCAAGCACCGCACGCCCCGCGCCACUUGCAAGACCACUUCGCUGAUCUCCUACCGCGGCAACCUGUCCUGCGGCCGCAAGGCGCUCCGUGUGCAUGAGCUUGACCUGGAGCUGACUUGGGAGGCUACCGCCGGCGCCGCCGAGGGCUGCACCUUUACCGGCCUGGCUACAAUCAAGUUCGGUGGCAGUGAGGACGGUCAGGACGUGGUGGACGUGGAGGUGGCGGUGGACCCGCACUGCCUCAGCGCGCUGCCCGAGCAGCGCGAGAAGGUGGUCAAGGAUGUGGUGUACGCGGUGGAGUCGAUGGAUGCUGCCAUCAUGGUGCAGCUCAACGACUUCCUGUGGAACAUGGAGAAGCGCAACCGGCUGUGUGAGCUGGAGAGCAGCAUGCACGUCAGCAAGGCCGAGCUCGCGCCGGCCCGUGCCGCACCGGCGCCGGCCCCCGCCUCGCCAGCGCCGUCGUUCGUGCCGGGCAUGGCGCCUGCGUUUGCCUAAUGCUCCGACACCCUGUUUGCGCUUCACGUAAGAGGCCAGCUGUGAAGUGGAGAUCAUGCCAUCAAGUGCGGUAUUUUGAGUGUGAAAGGGAGCGACAUAUUUUUGCGGCCAGACCGGCGGCCGUGUGUACAGUAUGGAUGAAUACCCCUGGGUGCCCUGUGUUUUUGUAUUGUGUAGGGGCAGUACCCGAACCAAGCUGGCAGCGAGAGUGAAUCUUUUGUGGGAGGGUCGUGAGUAAAUGCGCGCAUGCGCGGGGAGAGGGUUACGGCGUUGAGGCACGCGCGAGGCGUUGGAGCCUCGGGCCACUGAGAGUUGUAUUUUUUGUUUGGGCUUCUCGUGCAGGGCGUGCUGCGUGAAUUGAACUGCGCGGGGCUUUGUUGUGGGACCAUGCGGAACGUUCUGGGUGCAGUUGGCAUUUUUGUUUGAUUCUACAGGGCAGCAUUCGGUUGUUAUACGGUAGUACCGCUACUGGCGCUACGGUCUCGGCGUGCCGGUCCAGCCGCCAGCACGGACAGGCACGGAGCAGGUGAGACCGAAGGGGUUUGCGGGCAUUGCUUACGCCAGCCGUGAUAGCCGUACGUGAUAGCGAUACGAGUCCAUUCCAUUGUUGGUCAAUACCUGAUUUUUUGUUUGGUAGCGAGCGGUGAGGAGCAGACGAGGGUAGCGCCCGAGGAUUUCGGAACUAAUUAGCGUCAGUGGCGUGGUCCAGGGGAAAGUUCGACGGCGGUUUGUGGGCGCUGUGGCGGGGAGCUCAAGUGCUCAACGGCAUGCACCUGCAUGCAAGCGGCGGGGCAACAUACGGCUGCAACACAUGCCAGUAGCAUGGCGUGAAUACGUUUGGUUGGUGUGCACUGUUGCCAGUAAUGUGGUCGUGGCUGGCGAGCGCGACUGCCAACGCGUCGGUGGCGUGCCGGGUUGCAGAUGGCAACCGGAAGGACACGCGAGGCUUGGCGCCCUAGUCCAAGGUUCGGGCCGCCAGGGAGGACGCCUCUGCGUCGGACAAAUUGGUAUUUUUGUAACGCGUUCACGCGCGUGCAGGCAUUAGCCGAUAACAUUUUGGGUUCAUGUCCAACCGACGGUUGCAUUUCUUUGGGCGAUUUCGGGGCGAUACGCAUUCGCUCUAAUUAAGCCUCGGACUUCUAUGUUUGUAACUUCGUAUUAGCUAUCGAUACAGUCUGUAACGCCUGCACUUA